AUGUCCAGUGCGCAAGACCCGCGCGCCAAGCUCUUCAAUGAUCAAGUUCAUGGCUACAUUAAAGUCAACGGUCUAUGUGUAUCAUUGAUGGAUACACCGCAAUUUCAACGGCUGCGGGACCUGAAGCAGCUUGGAACACUCUAUUAUGUCUUUCCAGGAGCCUCGCACAAUCGCUUUGAACAUUCACUUGGAGUAAGCUUUUUAUCAGAACAGACGGUGGAGCGGUUUCGACACCAGCAGCCAGAGUUGGAGCUUACGCGGCGAGAUGCUCAGCUAUUGAGUGCUGCAGGACUGCUGCAUGAUCUGGGCCACGGACCAUUUUCACAUGUGUUUGAGCAUGAGUUCAUGCCACGUGUGGCGGCUGCUAGGGGAUACGGUGGUACAAGUGCAUCAAUAUAUUCCCAUGAAGACAUGUCACUUCGUAUGAUUGAUUUUAUGGUGGAUGAUAAUAACAUUGACCUUGAGAGAGAUGACAUGCGCUUUAUUCAGCAGCUCAUUGUUGGUGCAAAAGAGACGCACAGAGGCUCGCGUUUAGAUGCCCGUGAAUAUCUGUACGAGAUUGUAGCAAAUGGUCGCAACUGUAUUGACGUGGACAAAUUUGACUAUUUAGCCCGCGAUAUGCUUAAUCUUUUUGGACUACGCAAAGUGUUCGACUUCUCUCGCCUUGCAAUGUUUAAUCGUGUGAUUGAAAACGAGAUAUGCUACCACACAAGCGUUAAUCUCGACAUCUACGAUAUGUUCCAACAACGAUAUCAAAUGCACAAACAGAUUUACAAUCACCGCAAGGGCAAAGCGGUCGAAUAUAUGAUUUGCGACGCAAUGCUUCUCGCAGAUAACGAGUUGGGUAUUUGUGCUGCAACCCAGACACCACAAGACUUUCAGUUUCUCACCGACCAUAUUGUUCAUACGAUCGAGUCAUCGAAAACAGAUGUAUUGGCUAGUGCACGAGCUUUGCUCAAGCGUGUACGUCGCCGUGAACUUUACGAAUUUAUUGACGAGUACCUCUUGCCACCGGAUUUGAUGUUUCAGAUUCCUCAUUUUAGUGCUGAAGAGUUAGCCACGCAAACGUCAUUGGACGGCGUGACGUUGGACCCAGAUGAUAUCAUUGUAUUUGAUGGUCGACUGAAUUACAACUUUAAUGCCCGCAACCCUGUGGACAAUGUUUCUUUCUACACGUCCAUUGACUUGUCCUCAAAGUUUCACAUUCGGAAGGAGCAAGUCAGUUUACUUUUUCCGGAAAAGUUUGAAGAGCGUUUAAUUCGCGUAUAUAGUCGAAAUCAAUCACGUAAGACUCACGCAGCAAUUCAGCACGCCUUCCAUACAUAUAUUCGCCAGUUCAGUACGUCACUACCGCUCCCGUCUUCAUAUUCUCAGAAGCGUUGA